AGGUGAUACGGCUCGCGGCGCCAGUGCUCGCGAGAUUACGGCGGCGGCGCUCGGUCCAAGCGUCUCGGUCGCCCAGGGCAACCGGCGUGUCCCCGUCCGCCCCCUCGCGGUAUGCAGACGGAUGCCGGGCUGGCCGCGGAGGCAAACAUGGCGGCUGAGAUCCACUCUAGGCCGCAGAGCAGCCGCCCGGUGCUGCUGAGCAAGAUCGAGGGCCACCAGGACGCCGUCACAGCCGCGCUUCUCAUCCCCAAGGAGGACGGCGUGAUCACGACCAGCGAGGACAGGACGCUCCGAGUAUGGCUGAAGAGAGACAGCGGCCAGUACUGGCCCAGCAUUUACCACACCAUGGCCUCUCCUUGCUCCACGAUGGCUUACCAUCACGACAGCAGACGAAUAUUUGUGGGCCAGGAUAAUGGAGCCAUAAUGGAAUUUCACGUUUCUGAAGAUUUUAAUAAAAUGAACUUUAUUAAGACUUACCCAGCUCAUCAGAACCGGGUCUCUGCCAUCAUCUUCAGCCCGGCCACCGAGUGGGUGAUCAGCACCGGCCACGACAAAUGCGUGAGCUGGAUGUGCACGCAGAGCGGGAGCCCACUGGGCCGGCACUCCUGCGCCUCCUGGGCUUCGUGCCUGCAAUACGAUUUUGAUACUCAGUACGCAUUUGUGGGUGAUUAUUCUGGACAGAUCACCCUGCUGAAACUUGAGCAAAAUACAUGUGCGGUCAUCACCACCCUCAAAGGACAUGAAGGGAGUGUCACCUGCCUCUGGUGGGACCCCAUUCAGCGGUUACUCUUCUCAGGAGCCUCUGACAACAGUAUCAUCAUGUGGGACAUCGGGGGCCGGAAAGGCCGGACACUCUUGCUUCAGGGUCACCAUGACAGGGUGCAGUCACUGUGUUACCUGCAGCUCCCAAGGCAGCUCGUGUCCUGCUCGUCCGAUGGUGGCAUCGCGGUGUGGAACAUGGACGUCAGCCGAGAGGAGGCUCCCCAGUGGCUGGAAAGUGACUCCUGUCAGAAAUGUGAGCAGCCGUUUUUUUGGAAUAUAAAGCAGAUGUGGGACACAAAGACCCUGGGAUUGAGGCAGCACCAUUGCCGGAAGUGCGGGCAGGCUGUGUGUGGAAAGUGCAGCAGCAAGCGCUCCAGCUACCCGGUCAUGGGCUUCGAGUUCCAGGUGCGCGUGUGUGACUCCUGCUACGACUCCAUCAGGGACGAAGAUCGGACUUCUCUAGCAACAUUUCAUGAAGGAAAGCACAACAUCUCGCAUAUGUCCAUGGACAUUGCCAGGGGCCUGAUGGUGACGUGUGGGACCGACCGCAUAGUGAAGAUUUGGGACAUGACGCCGGUGGUGGGCUGCAGCCUGGCGACUGGAUUUUCUCUGCACUGAUCCAGGAUCCAGUGAGGUCUCCUCCUUACAAACAGUGGCCUCCAACCCAUGAAACCCUUCCCAUGUAGCCUGCGGCCACUGUAAUGUGAAGGGACAAUAGCCACUUAAAAACAUUUUUUCUGAAGAAAACAUUGGAAAGGAACUCACCUUUGGGAACAAAUACGGAAAAGGUCUGUGGCGGUUCCCUGACUUCAAGGAGACCUCCCUGUGAGCAGCGAGCACGUGGGUGAGGAAAGAGCCAUCCUGCUGUGCGAGUUUAGAGGAAAAAAUUGAACCAAAAGUGAAAGCUGAGAACUCUCCCAAUGUUGUCCCGAACACAAACACAUGUCUGCUCAGACCAACAGUCUGCCAAGAGCCCAGAGCUGGAGGAAGUGAGGAAGGAGAGUCGCCCUCCCUGCCAGCAGCGUGCAGAUGUGGCCUGCGCCUCACUGUGCCCUGUCUAGGUCAUGCCAUUGUCUGCACGUAGCAUUCGGUCCAUUUCAGUUGCUUCACUUUCUGGAAAACCUUUCCAUAUGCAACAAGCAAACCUUUGCUCUUGUGAUGUCAGUUGUGAAACUAAUGUAUCACCCAGGUCAGUCCACAUCCCUCUCCCAGGACGCUUUACUAUGGUGCUGUUAACACACGAGUCACGCAGGUCCCUGGCACGCUCUCACUGCAGCCAGGGACAACUCACAGUGAAGCCUGCUGCCAGCCUGCGGGGGCAGGGACGCGGUCAGUCUGUCCCACAAACAUGCGGCCUUCCUGACAGACACAUUCUGUCCCUAAUCCCAAGAUGAGCUCCUGAGAUGUGUGGCAGUUUAAUGUCCUCAGAGAAGUCCUCCAAAGCUUUUAAAUGAUGCUGAUUUUUAGUUGGAACGGGCAUUCUUCACAUUUCUUUGGAGAAACCUGGUGGCCAGAGAUGUAAUCAUGAAUCAGGUCUUGUACAGUAAUUCCUUUCAUCACAUCCAUCACGACUGGCAGAAGUUGUUUUCAAGCUUUGAACCAGAGUGGUAGGGUGAAGCAGAGGUUAAGGAAUGGAGAGCCUGUCUUUUAAUAUAAAAUAUUUAUGUCUGAGUUUGUUUGCUUGAACAGUGGCCCCUAUAUCAGUUCUUUGGGCUGCGGAAGCGAGUGUCUAAGGAUCUACUUUUUAAAAAAGGAUUAAAUAUGAAAAUAGGAACUGUAUCUUUCUAAUGUCUUACUAAUGGAUAUUGAUUUUUAAAAAACACUGUGUCACUGUGUUGGAGAUAUACUAAGACAACAUGGUUAUUCUGUAUGAUCAAACUAAAAGGACUAAAUCUGGUUUGUAACCAGGGCUUACAGGGAUAGAAAAGUUUCUGGCAGUUAGUUCAUCUGAGAUGUCAUGUGACACCAGUAAUAAAGCCAGCAAGGCACACCAUAUUCUGGAAUGAUUGACAAAAACUGUUUUCAGAAUGAAGCCAGAGGAAUUUUAUUUCUCCUUUUUUGUGUUACAUCACCUUGGAAAAUUGUUUCUUUUAAUAACUCUUCACAAAAUAUAUGUUAACUCAAAAUAAUUUGGAAGCAAAAUUGAAUGAUGGUAGCUUUUAAGCCAUGAUGUUGAAUGUUCAAUUUCGUGUAUUAAUUUUCAUUCAGUUAAUGGUUUGGUCCAUUCAAAGGUGCUAUCCUAGGAUUUUAAGUCCUGAAGGGAAUACAGAAUAGGAUCCGUCCUUGCCCUGCAGAAGAGUGCUGAGUUGUGGAUUUGUUUUCCUUUAACUUCUGUGAAAUGUGACUUUAGUGUCUGUGGUAAGUUGAACAGAAUAUCACAGCUGCUAAGAAUAGUGCAUACCUUUCACAUAUUUUUAUCUGAAAGUGUUCUUAAUGAAAAAACUACCUUCCAUGGAGAAUGUAAAAGUCAUUUCAGGCCCUUUACGAAGUUAAUGUAAGUCAAGGAGGACAUUUAUACCUAAGAAAAAAUUAGAGAAGGAAGGAGAAUAUUUCCAAAUAGAUUGCUCUCCACCUAAGCCUAUCAUAGACUUUUUUUUUUGGAAAUGUACCUGUCAGGCUUAUCUUGUUUCUAUCACACAUUUGCCAGAAAGUGGUGUAGUAUUUUUUAUAGAAGUGGGCAAAAAUUAUUUUCUCAAUUAUACGGAUGAGACACACAAGGAACGUACAGAUAAACUCAUAGUUAUUGCCUUAUUUUUGAUUGUUUCUCAUGAACAGGUCAUGUAAGAUAGUUCAAGUAAGUUUCCUGUUCUUUCCUGAAUCUGUGAGGUAAUUUGUGUGCAUAUGGAUUAAGAAGUACAGAGUAUUAGAGAAGAUCCUUUUAUUUAGCUCUUGUGUGUAUGGAAUAUGGAAUAAGGACAUGCCAGAUCUUCACUAUCAACAUGUUUUUAAAAUUGUCCUUUAUUACUCCAAGUGAUAGCAAUACCCCAAUAGCAUUAAACACAAGCAAAUUAUUAUUCAUUAUACUGUAUUGUAAACCUCCGUUUACUCUCUCUAGUUCUGUCUUGCUUCCCGGAGGAUAUAAACAGAAAACAGUGUCUUGCUUUAGAACAUACUACCUGGUUGUCUUCUCUCAGCUAUUCAGUUUAUUAGUAGCUGUCUUUUUUAAACUGUUGACUCUGACCCAGAUAUGCAGUGUGCGCCGUAGCAGCACAAGACCCAAGGAGACCCAUAUUUUCUAAAGGCAGUUUUCUUUAAAAUAUUUUUUACUUCCAUUAUUGAAUUUGGUGUCUUUUUAAAAGUAAGAAACCAGUUACAAUUAGUGAUAAAUCAUCUGCUCAUUGUCAAAGUGAGGUUUAACAAAUAAGUAAUACAUGCUGUAUGUAUUCAAGUAUCUAUUGCUUAAUUGUUAAUUGUGAGCAGAUUAUUGAAUGCCUCCUCUAUUUUCUGUAGUUUGCUAUCCAGUAACUCUUUAAGUAAGCUGAACUGUAACUGUACAGCACAUUUGUAGUAAAGUACAAAUAAAGUGUUUUUCUCUACAGCCUUUUUUGACUCAGAAGCAAAGGUGACGUUAACUAGUAAGUACACAUUGUUUUUACACUAGCUAUGUUUCUAUGAGAUACGAUGCCCUGUGUAUCCCAGAGAGGCUAGUAAAACUUCGUUCUCUCCUCCUAUUUGUAGUGCAUUUUUGUGGGGGUUUUGGGGAAAUAUGCAUACAAUAAAAUAUUCCUUGCUUGUCA